AUCGUAUUAAGCAAACAGCUACGAUUCUGGGUGCGCUGAAUCAACACACCGAUCCACCGUUAUUAUUACCCAAUCUCCCCCGGGAAAACCGCGCAGAUUAUAAAAUGAACACCACAAACGUCACCGAUGCAACGGCGAUUUCCCAAAGCCAGUUAUACUUCGACUGGACAGACUGGAUAUCCAUGUCGUUUACCUUACUUUCAUUUUCUCUUAACGCCAUCGUCGCCGCGUUGUUUACCAUUUAUCGGCGUCUACGCACCCCUUUCACCGUUUACUUUCUUGCUCUGACCUUUGGCAACGCCGUGUACUGCUUUCCCGUGUGGGCGGACAUUCUGUGCUUCCACUGGGCCGAUUUCUGCAAAGACCGCGUACUGUGCGCUGUGCAUGUCUACGAUGGAUGGGUGAUUAGCGCGGUGGCCCUCCACAUCCACGUCCUCAUUAGCGUCAACCGGGUGUGGGCGCUGUAUUUCCCUAUUUCUUAUCGCCGCCAUCAUACCGUGAAAACCGCCUGCUGGAUCAUCUUGACGGUGAUUGUGUACGUGCAUUUAAUGUGCCUACCUGGUGUAAUUCUCGACGCUGUCUAUAAUAACAUGCCUUCGAAGUUGUGCCGACUGGAUCGAUCCAUGUUGCGGGCUUGGGUGAAGGUGGUCAUGAUUGUUGUUUAUGAUUUACCGGUGCUGUUGAUGAUUGGAUGCUACGUAUCCAUCCUAAUUGGUCAACACAAACGCCUUCGGAUUGUACACUCACUGGGAAGCAGUUUCCCGGGUCGGCACAGUGGGUUUGCCGUGUUAACGACGCUGACCACUAGCGUGGUAUUUUGCUGGACACCGUAUAAUCUUCUGGAUACCCUGGACGCGUAUUUUACUGUGUCGAUGCCGGAUGAGGUCCGCAACGCGACUUUUGUGUUGUAUGUCCUGCAAAGUAUGAUGGAUCCUCUGUUAAUUGUUGCCAGUGUGUCUGACUUGCGCAGUACCGUCUUUAAUUUGCUUCGCUGUAAAACGAUACGGUGA